AUUUCACGUUCAUUUCGCUAGGAAAGUGAAAAUUUUAAGAAUUAAAGAAAAAACAAAAUUGCUCGUAGUUUUGAUAGGUAAAUUUUAUAUAAUUGAUUAGGAACCCAUUGAAACAUAUUUGUUGUUCUUCUGGAAUGUUGGAGAGUAUUUUAUAGCAGUCGGUUUGCUCAAGAAAAGGACUGAAUGUGGUCAGAAAAGCAGGGCACAACAGGAGAUAGACAUUAGUUAUAAAAAGAGAAGACGGUAUAAUAUACUGGUUACCUCGGAUGUCACAUUAUAAAUCCAAUAGGAAAAGUAGUGUAACUGCUGGAAGGAGUGUGUUAAAUUUGUAUCUUCGUUUAGAAGUUAUAGAUGACGAAUAUAAAAGUUUGAAAUAAAAGUACAUGGCUAUCGAAGGAAAAAAUAUAUACAUAAAUAUAUCGUCUUAAUACUGCUUUUGUACAAGGCAAAGUACAAGUGAUUGGCAGGAAGUGUCAAACAAUUAUUGGUGCAGUUGACGGGGAGUAGUACCGAACGUUAGAACUUUUGAGAAUACAAAUUCGGUUUGGUAAAAUAUUAUUUAAUAUUCUCUUUAAAAGACAGAUUUUUCGGAUAGUUUGAGAAAGCAUAACAAUGGAUAAUCCCGAAAGUCCUGUUGUUGAACAUCAAAAAUUAUUAACGUCGCAGAAAUUGAAGAAAAAAUCCAAAAAUAAAAAAUCAAGUGGGAAGGGUGUCGCUAACAAUUCCUCUAUUGAUCCUUUCACCGAAGUCGCAAAAAAAAGUGAAACUCGGAUCAAAACAAGUGGCGUUGAAAUGGUCUCAGAAAAUGGACUUUUAGCUAAAUUAGAACAACAUUUACAUAUUACUGAGGAAGGUCUUCAAUUUAACGGUACUGGGGAGAGCUUUAAUAGUCGUUCUGUUCAGAAUGGACACCAUUCUCCCGCAAACGAUACUGCAACCAACACGAGGACUCAACAGCAGACAUCUCUGAUAGAAACUGCAGCCGCUGGUACUUUAAAAAAAUCAAAAAGUAAAAACAAACAAAGGAACAAAGAAGCUAACAGAGAAUAUGAAUAUAAUACAUCACAAUUGAAAAGAUACAAUUGUAACCGCGACUCAUCAUCACCAAUUUUUUCAAAGCGUACGGAUAUAAAAAACAAUACGACGGAAAUAGACAUGGUCGAAGUAAAAAAUGGGUUUCACAAUUGUGUUAAUGAACGGAAUGUUGAAAUGCAUAGCAAAAUGUUCCCACAACAGUGUUUAUCUAAUGAAAGCAAUACCGCAUAUAUCAACCCAGAUACAAUUACAAAGGCGUUAGUCAAUCCAGAAUCUGUACUGAUUUUCGACUCUGCUUCACAACAAAAUCCAUCAGCAACAACCACAGCUGCACUUACAAAUAGUUCAAACUCUUACGAUAUCACUACAAUACCUAAACAAAACAACACUGCCAAGCCAAACUCUGAGGGUGCGUUUCAAGCAAAACAAAAGGUGGAAAACCAGCCCAUGUUGCGUUCAGUGGCCACUGCAAAUGAAGUGGAUUUGGCUAAUGUACAUAUUGAUUAUAAGGAAUACGAAUCGGAGUUACAAAUGCAUGAUAUAAUGCGUUUGAUACAGGCUGAAUUGUCGGAGCCAUACUCCAUUUACACUUAUCGGUAUUUCAUAUAUAACUGGCCAAAAUUAUGCUUUUUGGCAGCGCAUGGUAAUGAGUAUGUUGGUGCCAUAGUAUGCAAGCUUGACAUGCAUAUGAAUGUGAGGCGUGGCUAUAUUGCCAUGUUGGCAGUGCGCAAGGAAUAUAGGAAACUCAAAAUUGGAACAACGCUCGUUCAAAAAGCAAUAGAGGCCAUGCUAGCGGACAAUGCCGACGAAGUUGUGCUGGAGACGGAAAUGCGUAAUGUACCCGCGUUGCGUUUAUAUGAGAACUUAGGUUUUGUUCGUGAUAAACGCUUAUUUCGUUACUAUUUGAAUGGUGUAGAUGCUCUCCGUUUAAAACUAUGGUUCAGAUGAGAUUAUAUUUAGUUUAAUUUCUUUACCAUAUUGCAUGCACACAUAAAUAUUUUAAUAAUAUUUAAAUAAAUAUGCGAAGCAAAUAUUUAGUUCAGAUGCACCAUUUCACUAUUACGGUACUAUUUUAUGAAAAAAAUAAGUAAAUCAGAAACAUCGUAUGGAAUAUCA